AUGUUUAUUAAUAAUCAAAUAAAUUUACUAUCAAAAGAAGAUAUUCAAGAGACAGUCAUAGAUUUUAAGCAUAAUAAAAUAAUAUCUUAUGUUGAUUAUUUUCUUGAAAAACAAAUAGGUCAAUGUCAUGUUUAUUCAUAUCCAUCUGAAAUGCAAUAUUAUCAAAAUAUAACAAAUCAUUUUUCAGGUGGAUUAUAUAAAUAUGUUCGUUUAAUAUCAUUAUAUGAUGAACAUCCUUUUGAACAUGAAUUUUUUAUUAAAAUUUCUCAAUCAUUUCCAUUUUUGGAAAGUUUAACAUUGAUUAAUAAUCAGACACAAAAAUCUAAACAAUUUUAUAAAUCAAUAAAUAAUGAUAACAAUUUAUCAAUUGUUAAAUAUAAUCAUCUUAUUACAGUUGUUAUUUCAACAGUUCAUGAAGAUUAUAUACAAGAAUUUUUAUUUAAUACAAAAACAUAUUUUCAUAAUAAUAUUUAUCUUAAUAUCAAUUAUAAAUUAUUAGAAAAAGUCACACACAAUUUUGCACGAGAUGAUACGAAUUAA